GUUAUUAAUAAGAUCCAGAGGAAUGGGACUGUAGCACUGCCUGGAAAUGGGACACGUUUGGAUUCACAGAUCAGAAAAAAAGACAUAAAUAUCAGAAAUCACACAAGGUCACAGACAAGUACGCAAAAGCACAAGGUUCCACUUUAGGAGUGGCCCUUGGUCUUGGAUUUCUGAAGUGGGAGGAGCUAAUUAAGCUUCAACAGCCAAUCAGAAUAAAGAACUUAAUUAUCAGGCAGCUCAAAAGUAUUUAUUCCACACUGUCAUUCUAACAGUUCAUACCUGAGUGCUGAGUAAAGAGCGCAAGAGGUAUCAGAGAUGUUCUCUUCCUCAAUGUCUGUCGUCGGGGCUUUGUCCUGUUUCUUAAUCCUGCCUUCUCUUCUGCAGGCGACGCCUCUCACAAAACUUGCUGAUAAAGCUAACAAAUCAGGUCGGUCUGUAAGUAUCGACCCGUUUGAAGCGCAUAAUUUCCUGGUGCGUUCUCGCCGUUCAGCUGAGCCAAAAUGGUACCAAAAGGAUCCAGACUUCCAGUCCUACUAUAGAUACUACAGCAGCAUUGGACACCUUGAGGGCCUCUAUGAGAUCGACAAGAUCCGGAUGCUCUACCAACAAAUGCGCCACUUGGAGCACACCUACGGCGCAGACGCCUCCAAAUACCAGAAAUUCUUAGGUCUUCAGAUUCCCGAAGCCACUUCUCCACCUCCCACUACCAAACCUCCACCUCCACCCUCUACCCAUCCACCAGUGCUGUCUCUCUCUCAGUCUGAUGUUAUAUACCUGUGCAAUCCCAAAGACCCGCUCUGUAAGCCCAGAAUUGUCUAUGUGCCCACCGGUGCUGUCGUUGUACCCUGUGAUCCACGUUACCACCCCAGCUGUAAGCUAAGUACAUCUACUGAGGGCCCUUCUGAGGCCGCUGAGCCGCAUUCCACCACUCCUCCACCUGUCGCAAAACCUCCCAGCAUCAUCGUCAGAGGGAUGGAGUACGACUGUGACCCUUACUGGGACCCCGACUGCUUGAUUGAAAAUGCUCCAAGACCUAUAAAAGCGAGCGAUCCUCCACUAUCUAACCUCCCGAUUAAUUCUCUGCUCGUCAACAAAGCAGGAAAAGAGAAUGAAGAAGACGCUCCUGCGUCAUCGUCUGAGGACAAAGGGACUUUGGAUGCUUCCUAUGGCCUCCAUGAUCCGUACGAUUACUACAGGGAUCUUUAUGAUCCUUACCGUUAUGUUAAUCCAGGCCCUGGGCCUCAGUAAGACCGUGAUUAUGUCCAAAAAUGCAUAAUACUGGAAAAAUAGUGGGUCAAAAUGGCAGAGCACUAUACAGUACUAUAAUACUGGAAGUCAAAAAUUUAAAACCUUUUUGAUAUUCUUCUUAUUAUUAUUAAUAUUAUUAAUAAUAAUUAUUUUAUUUAGACUUCUCAUAUAUGCGAUUUGGGCCGUAGUCCAGUCUUAAGUAGUUGGAUGAUCUGUAGUAUGGAAGGUAAAAUAAACAGCAAAUAUAACUUGGAGAAAAUUGUGAUUUAAAAUGUAAAAUGAUUUUAAAAUAAAGCAAUCUUUUAGGCUCAAA